AUUUGAGAUUUACUUUAGUCCAAAAAAAGCUCGAGAAUAACCUGCAGAAUAGCAAUUAAGUGGCAAGAAGAAUAAUUGAUAGAGGAUCCUACCUCAUUUUAUAGUGUAUACAUUAAAUGCGACUUUCAAAGGUCACAAACCAAGCAACCACUUUUGUCUGUUAGAAGUGUAAGAAAGAAUAAACCAUGGAAACCGACGGAGAUCCAAAGGAAAACCCACCCAAAACCAAAAAACAGAUCUUCAUACUCUCCGGUCAGAGCAACAUGGCCGGUCGUGGCGGUGUCAUCAAAAAUUCCCAUCACACCCCAAACAAGCGUUGGAACGGCGUUGUUCCGCCGGAGUGUAGUCCCGAUCCUUCAAUCCUCCGAUUUAACGCCGCUCUCAAUUGGGAACAAGCACACGAACCUCUCCACGCAGACAUCGACACGAAGAAAGUAUGCGGCAUAGGUCCUGGAAUGUCAUUCGCAAACGCAGUGCGGCGGCGCGUAGCCGGCGAGUUGGGGUUAGUUCCCUGCGCCGUUGGUGGUACUGCUAUAAAGGAGUGGGCGCGUGGGGAGGAAUUGUAUGAAAACAUGGUGAAGAGAAGCAAAGAAAGCGUAAAGGGAGAUGAGAGUAGCGAGAUAAAAGCGUUGUUGUGGUAUCAGGGAGAGAGUGACACGUCAAGUGAGUAUGAUGGUGAGGUUUACAAGGUGAAAAUGGAGAAUCUCAUCCAUAAUGUGCGUCAAGAUCUCAAUUUGCCAUCUCUUCCAAUUAUUCAGGUUGCGUUAGCCUCAGGAUUUGAAUACAUUGAGAAAGUGAGAGAAGCGCAAAAAGGGAUUAAUCUUCCAAACGUGAUUUGCGUGGACGCAAAAGGAUUGCAAUUGAAGGAAGAUAAUCUUCACUUGAAUACAGAAGCUCAGGUUAAAUUGGGUCACAUGCUGGCUGAGGUGUAUCUUACCCAUUUUAAUGUGUGAAUUAUUUGGGAAACUUAUAUAUCAUAUUUCAACAUUAAUAAGCCACUGUUUUAAUGGUUCAUUCUGUAAAAUUGUCAAACGAUCCAAAUAAUCAAAAUUGUUUUAAUGGCAAAAAAA